AUGAUGUCCGCAAGCCUUCGUCCUGACGCCAAGCCGUGGGCGCCAAGGAACUCCAACGCGGCACCGCUAUCCAAAGCGACCAUCUAUGUUCCUCCUCCCCCUCCUCCGCCACAACCACAGCCGCAGCAGCCGCUUCCGCCGCCCCCACAGCAGCAGCAGCCGCAGCAACAACAACAACUCUUUGGGGUUUCGCCGGACCCGAAUAGUGCUCCACAGAUAAGCCCUACAGCGGCGAAGUUGUUUGUAGGCCAGUUGCCGUUUGAAAGUGACGAAAAGCGUCUGUACGAUUUGUUCAGUGCCUAUGGCACAGUUGAGCACAUACACAUAUUGCGCGACCUCAAUAACCGGAGCAAGGGUGCCGCCUUCGUCACAUACUCUAACGUUGAGGAAGCGGAUACCGCCAUCUUUACCCUGCAUAACCGCUACAAGAUGCUGGCGAACCGCAUGAUUCAAGUGAGCUACGCCAAAAACAGCCCGAACAUUUCUCCCUUCGGGGCAUGGACGGCGCUUACGGUGCAUCAAAUGAACCCAACUAACCCUGUACCAGACAUCGCAAACGUGACACCCGAUCAUCGUCUUUUUUAG